AUGGCUCACGUUGUGCUACAACUUGAGUUAGCACUCGAGCAACAGGAAAGCUCGGUAGCUCCAGUACCAAACCCGAUAACGAGUGAUGUCGCUGAAAUCCAACCAUCUGAUGAGGAAAAUAACUUGUCAGUUAGCACUGAGAAACUUACAGUAGUCGCCUCUACCGAUGGUUCCGCUGAACGCCAACUGAAAGAGCAAACCAACAGUAAAGUGGUUAGUGCUGCAACGCACAAACCAUCUCGUAUUUGGGCGUGGGAUGCGUUUUGGAACCGCGUUAAACCAUCCGGAUAUCGUACCACAGAAGCACUGGGGAAACGGACUGCUAAUAUGCUAUCGAUUGAUGUUCCCGUCAUUCCAGUAGAUGAAUUGAAAAGCAUUACCAAUAAUUUUGGUUCGAAGCGUUUAAUUGGCGAGGGAUCCUACGGAAGGUACUAUAAAUUUGAUUCGAAGUGUUUAAUUGGUAAGGGAUCGUACGGAAAAGUAUAUCAUGGAGUCGUGAAACGAGGGCAUGCGGUCGAGUUUAAAAAGUUAGACUCGACUAACCAACGGUACCAAGAGUUUCUAGCUCAGGUUUCGAUCAUAUCAAGGCUAAAGCACGAAAACUUGGUCGAGCUACUCGGUUAUUGUGUGGAUGGUGGUUUACGAGGCUUGGCUUAUGAGUUCGAUCCACGUGGAUCGUUGCAUGACAUUCUUCACGGUCAGUAUCACCAUAAUCCGGCGCUAUCGUGGGCCCAAAGAGUGAAAAUUGCCGUUGGGGGUGCAAAAGGAUUAGAACACAUUCACGACAAGGGGCAAAUUCACUGUGCGAUUAAUUCCAGUAAUGUUUUAGUUUUCGAUGAUUACGAUUUUGCUAAGAUCGCUGAUUUCGGUCUGCCGAGUCGAACGACUUUCAGGGAUGCUCUUGAUUCUGAUGCAUUGAUUGGGACUUUUGGUUAUGAUGCCCCUGAAUACACAAUGACGGGGCAACUAAGCUCGAGCAGUGAUGUGUACAGCUUUGGGGUGUUACUCUUGGAACUCUUGACGGGGCGUAAACCGUUUGAUAUUACAUGGCCAAGGGGACAACAAUCUCUUGUGACAUGGGCAACGCCGAAGCUCAUGGAAGAAACGGUAAAGCAGUGUAUCGAUCCUAGACUGAAUGGAAUCUACCCUCCAAAGGCAGUUGUGAAGAUGGCUUCGAUUGCUUCGUUGUGCUUGCAAUACGAACCCGAUUUCCGUCCAAACAUGAAGGUUAUAGUACGAACUCUCUCGAAUCCCUCGAUGCUGGAUAUAUAAGUAAUCCAUCGGCAUUCUAAAUUGUACCCGUCGAAAACAGGGGGAAAAAAUUAUGGAACUUUGUUAUUAGCUCAACAUGACAUGCUAAAUCAAAAAGAAAACGAAAUCGUAUUCGGAUCGUGAAUUCAUUGGAAAUUCAUUAUCGUUCGCGAGACGUAUUAAACAUGACAUAUUAAAGCGGUUCGUGCACAUAGUACGUAGACUAGUCUUAAAAAAAGCUACAGUUUCGAGUUGUAAUAAAAUCAAAUGAAGAACAUCGAAGAAGACACAUUUUUGUGCAGCUUUGGCAGUUG